CAAGGGAAAAAAACAUUUAUGUUCUAACAUCUUAAAAUCCCUCCAAGUACACAGAACACGAAAGAGAGUCCCCUGGAUUGUGCGGUUGGGCAGUUUUAUUGAGCUAAGCAGGCCUUUCGCUCUCUCCGUGUCUCACCUGAAGCAAUGCACACACGAACGUCCUCAGACCGUACAGCACAUCUCCUUCAGUUUCCUCUUUCGAGAGAGCGUGUGACGCAUUUACCUCCGAGGACGAAUUCAGUUUCAUUUUCUUGUCGGGGUAGCGUCGAGUUCCCCCUUCUGAAGAAUGACUGUGUGUGACGGCUUGAUUCGUGUUACACUGUGAACGUUAUCCCCGGCGUUUGUUAUGUUUAAAGAAGGAUAGCUAACGUAUAUCUUGCGUCUGGAAGUAAAAUAUGAAGCUGGCUUUGAUCUGGCAGGGAUUGGCGGUUUUAAUGGCUUGCAUAGAUAUGGCAUUUGGCAGCCGCAGUAAACUUCACUGUUAUCAGUGCAACGUCACCCACGCCACAUCCUGCACUGAGGACUACUUGAAACCCUGUCCUGACGGAGAGGACUUCGACCGCUGUCAAACAAGAGUUCGAAAAGCAAACUCUGGUGAGCGUUGGGUGGAGAAGACGUGCGCCAGAGGUCCUUGCAAUCUUUCCUGGGAGGAAGAAGUGUAUUUGGGGAUGAACUGUGACUAUGCUGCUCCCACGUACGACUGUGUGUCUUGCUGCAAAGAUGAUGGUUGCAAUACGGGACAUGGGAACGUACUGCAGUGUCCCAAGGAAAUGUAUAUAGUGACAGGUUCAUUAGCCUUGAUAUCUUCCGUCAUUAUGAUAAGACUGUAGUAGAGUUACGCGGAUUCGAAGUAGACCGUGACAAUGAAAGUGUUUUGUGUUAUCCAUGUAAAUAAACUUUGAUAAACAUCGUCAAACAUUUUACCAUAGUGAUAUUCUUUUUAUUGAUUUAUUCAUAUGUUGGGGAAAUAAAUAUAGCCUAGAUUAUGCUCGUCCGGUUAGCAUAACAGAUCUCAAGUUGUUAGCAUAAUGUACUCACGCUUCGAAGACGUCAAUAAUAAAAUCUCUGUAGACUUAUAACAGAAAUUGAGAGUUCAAAUAAAACAAAAGACAGUGUUGUGUGCGAUGCACAUCGAAGAUUUUGAUCAAAAAAAGAUAUAAAAAGUUCGGAUGACUUAUUUCCCCCCUCCCCUUUUUUUAAGUUAUUUCUUAUGUGAUAGUUGGUUCCAAUUAUAAUUCCACUGUUUUAUUAGCCAGGAUGAUGAUAUCAUUUUUACUAUUGCUGCUGCUGCUGCUCUCUCUCUCUCUCUCUCUCUCUCUCUCUCUCUCUCUCUCUCUCUCUCUCUCUCUCUCUCUCUCUCUCUCCAGAGGUAAAAUCGUAAAGUGAAAAUGACUAUAAGAAUGUAAUUAUAGCCAAGUAUGUACUGGAUUUACCUAGAUUUCACAUAAGUAUUAUACGUUUUGUAAAGUAAUGUUUUCUUUAAGUAACGAAAUCCCUCUUUCAAGUAAAUAUUUGUAAAAAGUUACUUAUUCAUUUGAACGUCAGGCUUUAUAAUUUUUAGGUGUGAUUCCUUAAUAAAAGAUUAUA